AUGUGCUUACUAAGUAUCGAGUUUUUGGUGACACACGUUGUUAUAUGUACUCGGUGGAAUGGCAGAAAUGAAGUGGAUGACAUCAUAUCAGCUGAAAUUCCUGAUCCAGUCACUGAUCCCCGUCUACACGACAUUGUGACGACACAGAUGGUGCAUGGACCGUGCGGUGCAUUAAAUCCAUUAUCGCCUUGCAUGGCUGAUGGAAAGUGCACAAAACGAUAUCCGCGACCGUUAGUUGCUGAAACAGUCACAGGGAACGAUGGAUAUCCAGUUUAUCGUCGGCGUUCAAAAGAAGAUAACGGUCGAACUAUCAAAGUUAAAGUUCAAAAUCAAGAGAUUGAGAUCGGAAAUGAAUUCAUUGUACCAUAUUGCCCGCUGCUAUCACGAAUUUUCGAAACACAUGCAAACGUUGAGAGUUGUCAUUCGGCCAAAUCAAUCAAAUAUUUGUGCAAGUACGUCACAAAAGGCAGCGACAUGGCUGUGUUUGGUAUUGCGUCGGAAAAUGUGAAUGACGAAAUCAGCAACUUCCAAAUGGGCAGAUACGUCAGUACUAAUGAAGCACUGUGGCGAUUAUUGUCAUUUCAAAUUCAUGAAAGAUAUCCCACAGUUGUACAUUUAGCAGUGCAUUUGGAAAAUGGCCAAAGAGUUUACUUCACUGAGGCUAAUGCGGCACAACGAGCUGAGAGACCACCAUCGACAACAUUGACUAGCUUCUUUGCAAUGUGUGAAGCAGAUCCAUUCGCAGCGACGCUGAUGUACGUUGAAAUGCCCAAGUAUUACACUUGGAAUCAAUCAACAAAGAAAUUCCAACGUCGCAAACAAGGAACCCCAGUUCCAGACUGGCCACAGGUGUUUUCAACUGAUGCACUAGGUCGUAUGUACACUGUUCAUCCUAGAAACGAUGAAUGUUUUUAUUUGCGACUGCUGUUAGUAAAUGUACGUGGACCGAAAUCAUUUGCGCAUUUGAAAACUGUGAAUGGCCACCAAUGCCAAACAUAUCGAGAAGCAUGUCAACUAUUGGGUUUGCUGGAGAACGAUUCUCAUUGGGAUUUAACACUUGCAGAUUCAGUUGUUUCAUCAAAUGCGUACCAAUACGAACGCUGUUCGCAAUUAUCAUCACCACAUGUUUUCCUUCACAACCAAUUCAGUUAUGGAACAAAUACAAAGACGCCAUAUGUGAAGAUAUCUUGCAUCGCUUGCGUAUUCAAACGAAUAAUCCUGACAUCCAAAUAA